UUAUGUACUGUAAUUGACAAAUUUAGAAGCUAUACACGUGUAUGUGUAGGAUAGUUGUUUACUUUUUACCACCGAUUUGACAAGAAAAUGUUUGUGAGAAAUAUUUUAAAGAAUUGCUAUGGAAGAAGUAAUAUUGACGAGGUGAAAUGUCUGUUUAGGAACUGUCGUAAUGAUUUUAUAAGUGGAUUGCGAUGUAAACAUAAAGCUGCAUUUGUCGAGGAAUUUGGAAAACCUCUCGUCAUUAAAGAAACUACUUUAAAUAAAAAUUUAAAGGACAAAGAGGUGAGAAUUGCUGUUAAAAACUGUGGUGUAAAUAUUUCUGAUUUACUAAUAAGUCAAGGAAAAUUUAAGGAUAAAGUCAAAACACCUUUUAUACCUGGAUUUGAAAUAUCUGGUGAAGUUUUAGAAGUAGGAUCAGGAGUUGUUGAUAUUUCUGAAGGAGAUAGAAUUGUUGCAUUGAAUAAAGAAAUUUUAGGAGGUUUUGCUGAAGAAUGCAUUGCUUCUGAAAAUGAUAUUUGGAAAAUACCUCAAAGUAUUAAUUAUGAAGAUGCUGCUGCAUUGACUGAUUCUUAUGCGACUGCUCUUAUUGCAGCAAGAAGAGUUGAUCUGAAGUCUGAAGAUACUGUAUUAGUUACAGCUGCUGCUGGAGGCCUAGGUUUGGCUGCAGUCGAUGUUUUCUCAAAUUUAUUUAAUGCAAAAGUUUUAGGUAUUUGUGGGACAGAAGAUAGAGCUGCUCUUGUUAGAGAUAAAGGAGCUUUUUCUGCAAUGACAUACAAAGAAACUAGAUUUAUGGAUGUCAUAGAGGAAUUUACAGAUGGGAAAGGAGUUAAAGUGGUAUUUGAUGCAUAUGGAGGAGAUUUAUUCAAAAUGUGCCUUAAAGGUUUAUCAAUGGAAGGAAGCUUGGUUGUUGCUGGAUUUGCUUCUCAACAAAUCCCUGACUUACAAACUAGUGAGCUGCUGCCAAAAUCCUGCUCAAUAAUAGGCGUCUCUCUUACUCAGUACCGUCUCUCAGCCAAUGAAACUUUUCGAGAUUCUGUACAAGAAGUGAUAGAUUUACAUGAGGAUGAAUAUAUAGAACCGCAUGUUUCUGCAGUAUUCAAGUUAGAUGAAAUUAAUGAGGCGUUCAAAUUUUACGAGGACAAAAAAUCCACUGGAAAAGUUGUUAUAGAUUUGUGAUAUUUAUAUUUCAAUGAUAAAUGUAUAAAAUGAAAAUUGAUACUAUUGCAAUGAAUUUAUUUUGAAUGAUAUACACAAUUUUGAAAAUUGAAUGUAUAAUUAUAUUUUAAAAAUUUAUGCAAGCAAUGUAUUAAAGCUUUCUAGCAAUGUUUUUGCAAAUGCCAUAUUUCAAAAUAAUGAACAUACAAUGUAUAAUGAUUAUGUAAAUAAAACUUUUGAUAAGACUUGAGUACAGAAACUGUGAUAAAUUGAUAUUGUA